AUGCUACCGUCUAACACCAUGUCCACCCAUCCUAACAAUCAAAAAACAGUAAAUGAAAACGAAGAGAAUGUUUUCCUCUUCGUUCCAAACUUGAUUGGCUACACCCGAAUCAUUUUCGCCAUUGCUUCGCUCUACUACAUGCCCUACCACCCACGAACCUGUUCACUCCUAUACAGCAUUUCAUAUGUCCUAGACGCCUUAGACGGAGCAGCUGCCCGGCACCUCGGACAGUCAACACGCUUCGGCGCCGUCCUGGACAUGAUCACAGAUCGAUGUACAACCACCUGUCUGCUGGUCUUUCUCGCAUCCGCGUUUCCCAGAUGGAGUAUCUCCUUUCAGGCCUUGAUUAGUCUGGACUAUUCAAGCCACUACAUCCAUAUGUAUGCCACCCUGGCAAUGGGCGGGCAGACGCAGAGCCACAAGAAUAUCGAUGAGAGUCGGCCUUGGGUUAUGAGGACGUAUUACUCUAAUCAGAAAGUUCUGUUUACUGUAUGCACGAUGAACGAGGCGUUUUUCAUCGCGCUGUAUCUACUUGCGUUUUCUUCGCCUUCCAUGCCGUGGUUGUGGCUUACCCUUUCGUCGCCCUUGAUGCUCUUCAAGCAGUAUGUGAAUGUUGUACAACUAGUAGAAGCGAGUAGAUGGCUAGCACGGGGCGAUGUUGAGAUGAGGAGGGAUGCACGCUUGCUUCGAGCAAAAACUGAAUGA